AUGGCGAGGAAGCUGUACCUCGAAGACUAUCUCAUGAUAGCCUCCGCCGUGUGGUUCUUGUCCUUCUGCGCUGUGAACCUCGCCGCGGUGCCGGUCGGCUUUGGGAAACACAUCUGGGACCUCCCAGGUGCUACGAAGGACGACCAAUUCGCAGUCGCCACCCGGGUCCAGAAAUUAAACUACCUCGCCCUCAUCCUACUGUCACCUUCGAUCGUCCUCGCCAAGAUCUCGGUCAUAGCCACACUCCUACGCAUCUUCCCGCAGCCGAUGAAGUACCUCCGGCUCUUCCUCUUCGCCACGGCCGGCCUCAUCGUUCUCUGUUGCACAUGCCAGGCCUUCCUGGUCAUCUUCCAGUGCUCGCCCGUGCAGUUUAGCUGGGUGCUUGGAGGCACGGAGCAAGGGAGGUGCUACGGUCUUCAGCCGGUUGUUCUCACCUUGGGAAUCGUGAACGUCGUCACAGACUUUGUGAUCUGCCUCACUCCCAUCCCUUAUUUCCUCAGACUGAAGAUGCCGGCAGCGCAGAAAGCCUGUCUGUGCGCGUUGUUCCUCAGCGGGUUGAUCGCCUGCGCCUUCAGUAUUGUGAGAGUCAUCUCUCUUCGAGGUCUUGCGAACGACAUCGACGUGACCUUUGCCUCCGUCUCAUACUACAACUGGUCCGUUGUCGAGACCGGGUUCAUCAUCAUUACUGGUUCCGUCCCGGCGCUGAGGCCACUGCUGCAAACCAUUCUGCCCGAGUUCUUCAAAUCGACCAACUUCCCGUCAUUAUUCUCAUCGCACCGAAGAAGCACGUGGAAGCCUGCCAACUCAUCAUCAUCAACGAAGGGAAUGAUUACCGUCACCAAGGAGUACGAAGUGGUGGAGCUGAACAAGUCGGAAAUGCAUGCUGUCUGA